CUUUUUGGAAACUCCGCGUCGAAAGAAAUGUCGGGUUUUACUUUUGACCAUCGCCUCGCAGCCAUUGCACACCUCAUGAUCCUGUCGCUUCACAGACCUGCUGUAAGAGCAGUUGCCUCUUCUUCAGAAUUCAUUUGUCUGGCAUGUCGAGCGACGCGUCAGCUACCCGCAGUCGCGGUUCAACAAUCGCGCUCUGCAUCCUCCUUGAAUGAACCUGCGCUCGACGAGAAUGAAACCCUUAAAGAAAAGGCAGCACGGCUUACCAUUCAGAAUGCCUACACUAAGGCUUGCAAGAAGGCGAAAACUCCACGUCCUAAGAUACUUGUGAAGGGAGAAAAAAAGAAUGGCUAUGUCGCUCGCGUUGAGCUUGAUGGCAAUGUACUUGAAACUCCACCGUACAGCGGCGUGAAGUUAGCAAAGGCCAAAGUGAAGCUCAUGGUGAUAGACCACAUCAAUGGGCAAAAGAGCCAGGGUACGACUUCGGACGCUCCGGGGAACAUAGCAACAAAUCGGGAGAAGCCAUCGAAACAAUCGCAGCCGUCAGCAUCUCAACGUAGAGUUGGUCUUCGAGGCCAUCUCAAGACACAAAAAAACCAGAAAACAGAUGUUUCGAGUCCUCUGAGGGCUCAUAAAGUCUUGCGUCCCUCAAAAAAGCGUGGUUCGGAAGCGCAGAGUUCUCUCAAAGCUUCUAAAGCGGAUCAUCAUGUGCAGGACCCCGUCGUACAUCAGCGACGAAAGACUCGUUCACGAUCUCUUAUAUGGAUACGGAAGAUGAGAGGACAACUGCUUCAAGCCAGAGCUACCCAACAUACAUAUUAUCGACCGCUGCUGUCAUCUCUGAGGGGUCGCGGCUCUAAUGUUCAUAUGAAGUCCCUUGGAGGUCAGGGAAUCAUUGAAAAGAGCGAGACCUCGGUCGCCACAGCGAACUCCCGAAAAAGUUCAGGGCAAGACCUCAGAACUUUAGGGCACGCUCGUACAGUCCGUCCUUUGGCACUUGAGCCCGUGAGCCUUGAAGCCACAGCUAAGGAGGUGCCUGGGCUGAGUUACGGCCUGGAUAGAGUCCUCUUCAAUCCCGGUGUCUACCAGAUACGAGAUCCUCGCUCGCGCGUCUAUAACUUCGAUCCGUAUCUGGAGAAGAUUACCGAUGUUCGCAAGUUCAAUUUCGCCUUUUUGGAUGAGUACCGUAGACCAUCUGCAGACGACAAGCUCUCCGGCAUGGCUAAAAGGCAUGAUGCGAGAUAUUUUAGCUCCACGUCCAACAUCACGCAUGUUCUCUUGCAUUUUCAUCUUCUACUGUCAAAUUGGCGACCGCUAAAGUUUUCUAACAUUUCCGCGGGAUUUUUUGAUUCUCGUCAGGAUCUGAAUGACGAAAUCGGAUUUACGACAUUUUCUAGAGCGCCGCAAUCAGUGUAUUUGAAGCCCACUCAAGGAGGCUACGCGGUCGACAAAGCCGACGACACGGCAUCGAUUGGUUUGCUAGCCUUUAUCGGAAAUUGUCUUGAAAAACUGUUCACGGUACCCAAGGAGGUAUUUGAAUCCUAUUUGAAAAAUUCUACGAAGAAGAAGCCAGAGCCGUCCAGUUCUGGAUAUCAUCACACCAAAUACGGCUCUAUCGUAAUACGUUCUCAGCUAGACGCUCGUGAUAAUCGAUUGCCGGGUACCGGAAUAUUCGAUAUCAAGACUCGUGCAGUAUUACCGAUACGGAUGGACUCAUUGGAGACGAGUCAAAACAUCGGUAAACACUACGAAAUAAAAGGCCUAUAUGGAAAAUUCGAAUCAUUUGAACGAGAGUUCUUUGACAUGGGUCGCAGUACUUUGAUGAAGUAUUCUUUGCAGGCACGAUUAGGUCGCAUGGAUGGUAUUUUUGUCGCCUAUCACAAUAUUAUUCGGCUCUUUGGAUUCCAAUAUCUGAGCAUUUCAGAUAUGGACGAUGUAUUACACGGACAAACAGACCCAGCUCUUGGAGAUGGAGAGCUCAGUGCAAGUCUUCACAUUCUUUCAGACAUUUUUGACAAGGCCAUUGAACGGUUCCCGGGCGAGCCACUACGCCUGUAUUUUGACGCACGCAAACGCAUGAAGAGCAUAAUCGUGUUCGUCGUGCCGGUCAAAGAGGAGGAGAUCGAUCGAGAACGUGAAAAUGCGCAUCGUCAGUCAAGAGAGUACCUUGAACGUCUCAACCAAAGUCAGGGCUCUAAGGACGAUGCCGUUGUCGAAAAGGAAGAAGUUGAGCUGCUUGAACGACUACUUUCAGAAUCUUCUGAGUCGGCCGUGACUGAGGCAGAUGCUGCAGUGACUACAGACGAUUUCUCCAAUCAAAGUGAGAACUCUGCGACCGCCCUUGAGAAAGGUGAUGAUCAGAGUUCGAUCGAGAGUCUGUUGGAUUCUGAAGCCAUCCAUGAUGAAGUGAGCAGGCUGCUAGCUAUUGCAUCGAAAAUCCGCAUGGAAACGGAUGUUCUACAAAGAGAGGGGAACACAUCCACACCACGAUUUCAACACAUCCAUAAAAUAAUGAUAGCGGACAUUAUCAAGAAGACUUACAAUUUCAAAAGAGACGUGGCAAAACUUGCAGAGUGCCUCAAAAGGCGCGGAGAUAUGUCCAAUGCCAGCUAUGAAGCUGAGUUGAUGGAUCUGCAAAGGCUGGUCAUUGAGCAAUCUGAAAUAAACACUCGACUUUUUAAUGACGCGGAGAGGCAAGGUGUCGUGACAGACAAAGAACUCAAAAAUCUGUCAAAUGUGCAAACGCUUGAGGCUGCGCUAAAAGCCGCAGCGAAACAUUACACCCUGCCACCGCGAUACGCUGCGUUCAAAAUUCGAGCACAAUCGACAAUAGAUGGCGAGAUAACUGAAGAGCCACCAAAGAACGUUGGCAAGGAUACGGCGUGGGAACUCACGUACACCAUCGAGGAUUUGAAUGAAGGUGAAGACGGUGAUGCAAUGUACUUGUCCAUGCUGCAGAAGAAAGACUCUGCCGUAAUGGCUACGUGGGAGAGCAGACGGAUUCAGGAAUACUACGAGAGCGGCUUUUUCAAGGAGCUGAUGAGUCUUUCGGAGCAAGGCCAGAUGUGGAGGAAGGAGAGGGAUCGAUUAGAUGAAGAACAGAAGGUCAUUGUGUUUGAGCCGAGAGGAUGACGUCUCUUGGUACUGAGAAUAUCUAGACGUUGCAUGGUCCCGCGAGGUCCAGAUAGAGCAAGUGAUAGACGGGUGUUCGGGUCGAUAACAGUUUUUUCUAUUCUCUGUUGGCUGGGCUUCAACCUUGUAAAAAUACUUGCAGUUGCAUGAGCGUAGAUCAAGACAGUCAUCUACUUCUCCUCAGGUCGGG